CAGGUUUGUCACCGGCGGCAAAAAAGGGGACACACGCAGCACUGAGGAGGAGCUGAGAAUGAAAGACCGUGUUCAAACAAAGUGGCCGUGAGUUUCUGUUGGGAAAGCAUCAAGAUCUGCGACAAACUGUGCAGGAUUGCCUUCAUCUCCAAAAUCCGGGUUGCAGCCGGUGAUUGGCAGGAGGAGGAGAGUCUGACGGAGGAGCAGAGGAAUGUUGGCAGACAUUUAGUCUGAGCUCAACAACGGAGGAAACAUGGAUUCUUCACACAAAAAAUGUAAACACAGCAAUGGAGUGAGAUGUCGGAUCUCUGAGGAGGAUAAGGAUGGUUCGGCAACAACGGCAAAAAGAGAUGAAUCACUCAGUUGUGAGCAAUGUGGCAAGACUUUUAUCACAGCAACAGAACGAAGAAUUCACAAACAUGUUCACACUGUGGACAAACCAUUCAGCUGUGAUCAGUGUGGAAAGACUUUUACUCUGAAGAGUCACUUAAAAAGACAUCAACUCAUUCACAGUGGAGUUAAACCAUUCAACUGUAAUCAGUGUGGAAAGGCUUUUACUCUGAAGAGUCACUUAAAAAGACAUCAACUCAUUCACAGUGGAGUUAAACCAUUCAGCUGUGAUCAGUGUGGAAAGGCUUUUACUCACAUGAGUAUGCUAUUAAAUCAUCAACUCAUUCACAGUGGAGUGAAAUUGUUUGGCUGUGAUCAGUGUGGAAAGGGUUUUACUAAGAAGAGUCACCUAAAAAGACAUCAACUCAUGCACAGUGGAGUGAAACCAUUUGGCUGUGAUCAGUGUGGAAAGGCUUUUACUCAGAAGAUUCAUCUAGCAAAACAUCAACUCAUGCACAGUGGAGUUAAACCAUUCAGCUGCGAUCAGUGUGGAAAGGCUUUUACUCAGAAGAGUCACUUGAAAAAUCAUCAACUCAUUCACAGUGGGGUUAAACCAUUCAACUGUGAUCAGUGUGUGAAAACCUUUACUCAUCAUGAACAGUUGUUGAUCCAUCAAUGCCCCCAUUCUGGUAGAAAGCGGUACCACUGUGACUCCUGUGAAAAAACUUUCAAGCACCAACAAAGCUUAAAAUGUCACCAACGCGUCCACACUGGACAUGAUGUGUACGUAUGUGAUCACUGUGGUGAACCAUUUGUAUUGUACUCACAGUUAAAAGCUCAUGAAGUGACCCACACUGGGGUUAAACCAUACCUUUGUGAUGAGUGUGGGAAACGCUACAGCUACAUUGCAGACCUCAAAAUUCACCAACGUGUCCACACUGGGGAGAGACCAUACAGAUGUGACAAGUGUAAGGAUACUUUUACAACCUUGGCUUCCCUGAAACGACACCAGCAGAUCAACACCCGAAAGAAAGCAACCAGUGUCAGAGUGAGCAGAACGGAACAGAUGGACAAAACUCUUAGACUUGUCAGCACUCUGCCAAUGGUGAACAGUGCUGCUUUGACCAGUCUGGACCAACGUCCAACCAACAAGGAACCCUACAACGACACCAGCGUAUGCACACUGGACACAGACUGAACCCCUGCCAAGAAGAUUUCUCCAUGCAGAGUUCAGUAAAAGUUCAUGAAGUCCUCCACAAACUUAGUCCUUGACAUCCGGCUUCACAGAAUUCAGGUCUAAUUUCUUGUUUGGUGUCUUCGUUGUAAAAUCCAUUAAGAGGAAAGCUGUCGUUAACAGACAUGACUGGUAGAUUAAUCAAACCAUUCAAAGUGGUUACUCAGUUAAAUGAAUUAUCCAUGGUAGAGGGAUAGACGUCUGGAUGGAGGCAGUGAGCAGCAGGGCAAAUUUCCUGGAUUGCCAGCUUAAUGGUUCGUCAGAUCCCUCUGGGCUGCAGGAACCCGUUAGAUGCAGAGCUGGUUCAGUGAUUCUCUGAUGAUUAAUCAUAAUUAAUUUAGGAGAUUACUGGCCAUAGGAUAUCUAUCUAUCUAUAUCUAUCCAAGUAGAUCAAAUAAUCUCAGAAUAUGUGUGAGUUGAAAUAUAAAAACAUGAAGUGUUCUAUGAAAAGUCCAAUCUUUGAAAGCUGACAUGUAGUUUAGAAUUAUUUGUUUGUAAAUUAGCUGCAUCCAUAGUCUAGCCGCGCUAGACAACCCACGGCAAAGAAUUUAAUUCUCUGUCAGGGUGGGUCUAGUUACCCUCCAUAAGGCUCAAGGUUGGAUUCUCCUAAAACUGACCGGACCAAUCACCAUGAAGUGUAGAGUCAGAAGGCGGGCAUAACUAAGUGACGACAGAGGCGCGACGAUUCUGACAGAAACAACCGGCGCACAAUAAACAGUUAUCUUUCAACUCAGCUUUGGCCACAGCCGUUAAAGAUUUGAAGCUAAAAUUCAACUUGAAAGAUAAACAAAGGACGGCACUGAAGUGUUUCAUUGAGAAGAAAGACGUAUUUGGACUUAUGCCGACGGGAUAUGGCAAAUCCUUAAAGGCAUUAGAGGAGAUUUAAUUUCCUACGACUUUGAACGUAGCAUGCGCACAUACAACCUCUCUCUCACCCCCCUCUAAUCUCCCCCUCUUAACAUUUGCGAAGAAAUGCCCCCCUCCAGAAACUUGCGUAAGACUCGUGAAGUUGUCUUUUACGGCUGGGUCCCCCUGGAUUUUUAUCUGCCAUUAUGUAAAAAAAAAAUAGCAAAACAAGUCGCCACCUAACUACGAAGCUAUACCAAAGCAACACAUACAGAAAACGCGUAAGUCCAAGGCGUUCGUAAUCUACGUAACUCGCCCUGAGCCGCAAGAUUUUUGAUUGACAGGAAAGGGAGCAAACCAAACGCCUCGGUCCGAGCGCGUUGAUUGGCUUAUGUUUUUCAGGUCCUGCCAUGUCCACAGUUAUUUAUUUUUACUUUUUAUUUUUUUAGAAACCAUACAUACAAGUCCACUAAAGGUCAGUAAAUUAAUUUUAUGUGAAUCAGACAAAUUAAACAAAAAAAAAACAUCCUCCAUAAUGCCUUUAAUAUACCAGUUGGCUCUGCUGGUUGGGAAGCUAACGGGAUUUAGCCACAAUCCGGCGCUCUAGGAACUACGUCAGCCUAUUCGUUGCGCUGAUUGCUUGUAUACCUACCCAAUUGCUGCAGAGUGAUUUGAAAGACUACCUUUUGGCCCGCCUCCCUCCCUGUCGAGCGCUCCUAGACCCUUGUGUCUUAAGAGCUGGGUCUAGCGCGUCUAGGCUACUGCAUCCAGUCAUUACCAUGACAUUGGCAUCAUGAAACCAUGACCACAUACAGGGUGUGCAGAAUUAUUGGGCAAGUUGUAUUUUUGAGGAUUAAUUUUAUUAUUGAACAACAACUAUGUUCUCAAUGAACACAAAAGACUCAUAAAAGCUGAAUAUUUUUUUUGAAGUUGGAGUGGGGCUUUUUUAGUUUCAGUAUCUUAGGAGGACAUCUGUGUGUGCAGGUGACUAUUACUGUGCAUAAUUAUUAGGCAACUUAACAAAAAAGAAAUACAUACCCAUUUCACUUAUUUAUUUUCACCAGGGAAACCAAUAUAACAACUCAAAAUUUACAAAUAUACAUUUCUGGCAUUCAAAAACAAAACAAAAACAAAUCAGUGACCAAUAUAGUCACAUUUCUUUACGAGGACACUCAAAAGCCUGCCAUCCAUAGAUUCUGUCAGUGUCUUGAUCAGUUCACGAUCAACAUUGCACGCAGCAGCAACCACAGCCUCCCAGACACUGUGCAGAGAGGUGUACCGUUUUCCCUCCCUGUAGAUCUCACAUUUGAUGAGGGACCACAGGUUCUCUAUGGGGUUCAGAUCAGGUGAACAAGGAGGCCAUGUCAUUAUUUUUUCUUCUUUUAGACCUUUUCUGGCCAGCCACGCAGUGGAGUACUUGGAUACGUGUGAUGGAGCAUAGUCCUGCAUGAAAAUUAUGUUUUUCUUGAACAAUGCUGACUUCUUCCUGUACCACUGCUUGAACAAGGUGUCUUCCAGAAACUGGCAGUAGGACUGGGAGUUGACCUUGACUCCAGCCUCAACCCGAAAAGGUCCCACAAGCUCAUCUUUGAUGAUACCAGCCCAUACCAGUACCCCACCUCCACCUUGCUGGCGUCUGUAUCGGAGUGGAGCUCUCUGCCCUUUACUGAUCCAGCCACGGGCCCGUCCAUCUGGCCCAUCAAGACUCACUCUCAUUUCAUCAGUCCAUAAAACCUUAGAAAAAUCAGUCUUAUGAUAUUUCUUGGCCCAGUCUUGACGUUUUAUCUUAUGUGUCUUGUUCAGUGGUGGUCGUUUUUCAGACUUUCUUACCUUGGCCAUGUCCCUGAGUAUUGCACACCUUGUGCUUUUUGACACUCCAGUGAUGUUGCAGCUCUGAAAUAUGGCAAAAAUGGUGGCAAAUGGCAUCUUGGCAGCUUCACGCUUGAUUUUCCUCAGUUCAUGGGCAGUUAUUUUGCGCCUUGUUUUUUCAACACGCGACCCUGUUGACUAUUUUGAAUGAAAUGCUUGAUUGUUCGAUGAUCACGCCUCAAAAGGUUGGCAAUUUUAAGAGUGCUGCAUCCCUCUGCAAGACAUCUCACUAUUUUUGACUUUUCGUAGCCUGUCAAAUCUCUCUUCUGACCCAUUUUGCCAAAGGAAAGGCAGUUGCCUAAUAAUUAUGCACACCUGAUAUAGGGUGUUGAUGUCAUUAGACCACACCUCUUCUCAUUACAGAGAUGCACAUCACCUGAUAUGCUUAAUUGGUAGUAGGCUUUCAAGCCUAUACCGCUUGGAGUAGGACAACAUGCAUAAAGAGGAUCUUCUUAAUCUUUCAAAUUAAUCUCCCAUGAUUAUCAGAACAACAUAGUUCAGAGCUGAGUAAACCAAUCACAGCUCAAGAGGUCAUGGAGGCCAUACAGUCUUUGAAAGGUGGAAAGGCUCCAGGCCCAGACGGGUUUGGGCCGGAUUUUUAUAAAAAAAAAAUGGCCAAGAAAAUUGUUGACCCCUUACUUAAGGUAUAUAAGGAAUCAUUUGUGAGUGGAGCACUGCCUUCAACCUUAAAUAUGGCGUAUAUUUCCCUAAUUUUAAAAAAAGAUAAACCCCCAGAUAUGUGCACAUCUUACAGACCGAUUGGUUUACUUGGAGUAGAUUGUAAAAUUUUGUCUAAAAUUCUAGCUGGGAGGUUGGAGGAGGUGUUACCAAUCCUGAUAAAACCUGACCAUAUGGGCUUUGUUAAAAAUAGGUACUCCUACUCCAACGUGAGACGGCUCUUAAACAUUCUUCAAUUUUCACAAAAUACAAAUUUUCGAGCACUAGCAAUUUCACUGGACGCAGAAAAAGUGUUUGACCGGGUGGAAUGGGGGUACCUAUUCAACACUUUAAACAAAUUUAAUCUCGGCCCCAUGUUUGUGGGAUGGGUUGAAUUAAUGUAUAGUGCCCCCACUGCAAGGAUCUUGGUGAAUGGUUCGUUAUCUGCGUGCUUUCCCUUGGGCAGAGGAACCCGUCAGGGCUGUCCCCUCUCCCCUCUUUUGUUUGCUUUGGCGUUGGAACCACUGGCAGAAGCUAUAAGAACACAACCGGAAAUUUCUGGAAUUAAAUUGGGAAACACUGAAUACAAAAUAUCUCUCUAUGCUGACGAUGUAAUAUUAUUUAUUACAAAACCAGAAACCUCUAUACCAACUUUACUCUCCAUCAUCAAUCAAUUCGGCCAGAUUUCGGGGUAUAAAAUGAAUGAUGAUAAGUCAGAGGCCCUUACGCUAGGCGGUCAGAGGAAAAGCUGGGACCCUCCAACCAAUUUCCCUUUUAGGUGGUCACUUGAUGGUUUUACAUACUUAGGUAUAAAAAGUUCGGCAACAAUUUCAGACGUGUACAAAUUAAAUUUUAAGACGGCUUUACACUCAAUAAAAAGUGACUUGAAUAGGUGGUUCGACCUCCCGCUUUCAUUACUAGGUAGGGUGAGUUUGAUAAAAAUGAACAUUCUUCCCAGGAUACUGUAUCCUAUGCAAA